AGCAAAGUGUACCUAAAAAAAACACCACCCCCUAACCCCACUCUCUCAUUAUUGUUUUUUAAGCUCUCUCCCACCAUGGGAAGUCUAGAUAUACAAAAACCACACCCCAUCACCACCACCACCAUCCCUGACCCGGAGAAAUUUUUCUCCGCCGGAGACGAUGAGGACGACGUCUCGCCUAUCGAGGAAGUCCGGCUCACCGUGCCGAACACGGACGACCCAACCCUACCCGUAUGGACCUUCCGAAUGUGGUUCUUGGGCAUAUUAUCAUGUUGUCUCCUAUCUUUCCUCAACCAAUUCUUCUCCUACCGUACGGAGCCACUUGUCAUAACCCAAAUCACCGUCCAGGUGGCCAGCCUCCCUGUUGGCCACUUCUUGGCCGCCGUCCUCCCGACCGCCAAGUUCAGGAUUCCGGGUUUUGGACCCAAGACGUUUUCCUUCAACCCGGGUCCGUUUAACAUGAAAGAGCAUGUCCUCAUCUCUAUUUUUGCUAACGCUGGAAGUGCCUUUGGAAAUGGCUCAGCCUAUGCUGUUGGCAUUAUCACUAUUAUUAAAGCAUUUUAUAUCCGGAAUAUUUCAUUUCUUGCUGGUUGGAUACUUAUUAUCACUACACAGGUGUUGGGAUAUGGUUGGGCUGGAUUGCUGAGGAAAUACGUGGUAGAGCCAGCACACAUGUGGUGGCCCGGCACUCUGGUUCAGGUCUCACUUUUCCGGGCUUUGCAUGAAAGAGAAGAGAAACGCAUGUCAAGGGCAAAGUUCUUUGUAAUUGCAUUAGCUUGCAGCUUUUCCUGGUACCUGAUCCCAGGAUACCUCUUCCCAACACUCUCAACCAUCUCAUGGGUGUGUUGGGCAUUCUCCAACUCAGUCACAGCCCAGCAACUUGGGUCAGGCAUGAGGGGCCUCGGAUUUGGAGCCAUGACGCUCGAUUGGACUGUCGUGGCCUCCUUCCUGUUCAGUCCCCUCAUAUGCCCUUUCUUUGCCAUUGUCAAUGUCCUUAUGGGUUUUGUCUUGAUAAUCUAUAUCUUUAUCCCCAUAGCCUAUUGGGGGUUAGACUUGUACAAUGCUCAAAGAUUUCCUAUCUUCUCCUCGCACUUGUUCAGAGCCAAUGGUCAGAAGUAUAACAUAACAGCUAUUGUGAAUGACAAGUUUGAGAUAGACUUACUGAAGUAUGAUGAGCAAGGACGGAUUCAUCUAAGCAUGUUUUUUGCUCUUACUUAUGGCUUUGGUUUUGCUACCAUUGCUUCCACCCUUACACAUGUGGGCCUCUUCUAUGGAAGGGAGAUAUAUGAACGUUUCCGGGCUUCCUACAAAGAUAAGGAGGAUAUCCACACAAGAUUGAUGAGGAAAUACCCGGACAUACCUUCCUGGUGGUUUUACACAAUGCUUGGAGUGACACUUGCAGUUGGUCUUGUACUCUGCACCGUCUUGAAGGAUGAGGUUCAGAUGCCAUGGUGGGGACUCAUUUUUGCUUGUGCUAUGGCCUUCACUUUCACCCUUCCAAUCAGCAUCAUAACUGCCACAACAAACCAGACUCCAGGGCUGAACAUAAUCACAGAGUAUGUCAUGGGUAUUAUAUUACCAGGAAAACCAAUAGCCAAUGUAUGCUUUAAAACCUACGGUUACAUGAGCAUGGCUCAGGCUGUCUCCUUCCUCAGUGAUUUCAAGCUCGGACAUUACAUGAAGAUCCCUCCAAGAUCAAUGUUCUUAGUUCAGUUCAUAGGAACUGUCAUUGCGGGGACUAUUAACCUUGUGGUGGCGUGGUGGCUGCUGACCUCUAUUGAGAACAUAUGCCAAGAGGAUCUCCUUAAAGCAGGCAGUCCCUGGACCUGCCCCGGUGACCGGGUAUUCUUCGAUGCAUCCGUCAUAUGGGGAUUAGUGGGACCUAGACGUAUAUUUGGAUCUCUUGGAAACUAUAGCACCAUGAAUUGGUUCUUCCUUGGAGGCGCAUUGGGACCAGUUAUUGUUUGGCUCUUCCACAGGGCCUUCCCCAAUCAAUCUUGGAUUCCUUUGAUUAACCUUCCAGUCCUUCUGGGAGCAACAGGUGCUAUGCCACCAGCAACGCCAUUGAAUUACACUUCCUGGAUCAUAGUUGGUACAAUUUUCAAUUUUUUCAUCUUCCGGUACCGAAAGAUGUGGUGGCAAAGAUACAAUUAUAUUCUUUCAGCGGCCUUGGACGCUGGGGUGGCUUUCAUGGCGGUGCUGCUGUACUUCUCAGUGGGUUUAGAGGAUAAAGGACUGACUUGGUGGGGUUCAGCUGGGGAACACUGUGACUUGGCAACUUGUCCAACAGCCAAGGGCAUAGCGGUUGACAAUUGUCCAGUGAAUUAACUAACAAAUGGUGGUUCUACACUACAUACAUAUUCUUCUGUUUGCAAGUUGUACAGAAGAUAAUUAUCUUGUUGUACGACGAUUGUGUUCAAUAUUGCAUUAGACAGAAGAGGUAGUAAAAAAGAAAUCGCUGUUUAGGUGGCUCAAAUUCAUUAGCUUAGUGAUAUGUGUGCUGGUGAAUGGAGAAAUGUAGAGUGUCAUUUAAUGGUGGUCAACAAUGUAUGGAUGAAAGAAUGUAUGAUUGGUGCAUGUUUGUGAAGAACAGAGUGAAGAAGAAGAGAAGUGAGUGGAGAAAAGUAUGGAGAAAGAAAAAAUACAGAAAUUAGUGAGUGCCAAAAGUGAAUGCAAUCCCUUUAGAAUAGUGUGUGUCUUCCUCUAGUGAGUGAGUGUGGAAUACCUCUUGGUAAUCCGUUAAGUGUUGUAAUAUUCUCUUUUCUUAAAAUAAAAGUUAGUCCUUCUUCGCCC